AUGUACAGCAGCUCCGGCGCCGGCGGGGCGCUGCUUCUCCACGGCGACCUCGACCUCACCAUCCACGAGGCGCGGGGCCUCCCCAACAUGGACGUGCUCUCCACGCUCCUCCGCCGCCUCUGCCUCUGCCCACCGGCGGCGCGCCCCAGCCGCUCCGCGCCGGACGACGAGAGCGCCCACCACCACCGCCACCGCCACCACCACCGCCUCCGCCGCCGCCGCAAACCACGCCAGCCGCACGGCCACCGCGUGCUCCCGGCGUCCGACCCCUACGCCGCCGUCGUGGUGCCCGGGGCCCCCGCCGCGACGCUGGCGCGCACGUACGUGUUCCGCAACUCCGAGGCGCCGAGGUGGGAGGCCAGCUUCCUGCUCCCGCUCGCGCACCGCGCCGCCCGCCUCGACCUCCACGUCCGGGACGCCGACCCCUUCGGCUCCGACCUCAUCGGCACCGCCUCCCUCCCCGCCGCCGCCGUCCUCGCCGCGGCCGACAGGCCCAUCCGCUCCGAGUGGCUCGCGCUCCUCCGCCCCGACGGCCGCGGCCCGCCCAAGCCGGGCUCGGCCAUUCGCAUCUCCGCCAGGUUCGUCCCGGCGGGCCGGACCCCGGCGCCCUGGCGCCCCGGCGGCGGCGGCGGCGUCCCGGCGUUCUUCCCGCCGCGGCGCGGGUGCGACGUGAGGCUGUACCAGGACGCUCACGUGGGGGCCGGCGAGGUGGGCGGCGUGCCCGGGGCGUUCGAGCCCGGGCGGUGCUGGGAGGACCUGUGCCUGGCGGUGCUGGGCGCGCAGCACCUCGUCUACGUGGCGGGCUGGUCGGUGUUCACCAGGGUCAGGCUGCUGCGGGACGCCAUGUCGCCGGAGAUGGCGGCGAAGGCGGCCGAGGUCAAGGAGCUGGGCGGCGUGGCGGUUGAGGACAUGAGCCUGGGCGAGCUGCUCAAGUACAAGUCCCAGGAGGGCGUCCGGGUCCUGCUCCUCGUCUGGGACGACAAGACCUCACACAACUUCUUCCUGAGGACGAGGGGCGUGAUGCACACGCACGACGAGGAGACGAAGAAGUUCUUCAGGCACUCGUCGGUGAUCUGCUUACUGUCGCCGCGGUACCCCAGCAGCAAGCUCGGCAUGGUCAAGCAGAAGGUGGUGGGGACGCUGUACACGCACCACCAGAAGUGCGUGCUCGUGGACACGCCGGCGUCGGAGACGACGCGCCGGGUCACGGCGUUCCUCGGCGGCCUCGACCUCUGCGCCGGCCGCUACGACACGCCCGGCCACACGCUCUUCCGCGGCCUCCACACCGUCUUCCACGGCGACGUCUACAACCCCACAUUCGGUGACGCGGCGAAGCUGGGUCCCCGGCAGCCGUGGCACGACAUGCACUGCCGGCUGGACGGGCCGGCGGCGUACGACGUCCUCGACAACUUCGAGCAGCGCUGGAGGAAGACGAAGAAGCUGCGGAGGGUGCUACGAUUCGGCAAGAAGGCGCACUGGAAGGAGGACGCCCUGCUCAAGCUCGAGCGCAUCCCCUGGAUCGUCAGCCCAGCCAAGGCUGAUGCCGACGACGAGCAGCAAGCCCUGCAAGUCCUGCCGGAGCACGACCCCGAGCGCUGGCACGCCCAGGUGUUCCGGUCGGUGGACGCCGGGUCCCUGAAGCGGUUCCCGCGCCCCUGGGACGGAGAAGCGAUGGCGCGGCACCACCUGCUGUGCGACAAGAACCUGGCGGUGGAGCAGAGCAUCCACACGGCGUACGUCCGGGCGAUCCGGUCGGCGGAGCGCUUCGUCUACGUCGAGAACCAGUACUUCAUCGGCUCGUCGCACGCGUGGCCGUCGUACCGGCACCCCGGCGCCGGCAACCUGGUGCCCAUGGAGGUCGCGCUCCGGGUGGCCGCCAAGAUCCGCGCCGGCGAGCCGUUCGCCGCGUACGUCGUGAUCCCGAUGUGGCCGGAGGGGGACCCCGGCUCCGGCCCCGCCCAGGAGAUCCUCUUCUGGCAGAGCCAGACGAUGGAGAUGAUGUACGGGGUGAUCGCGGGGGAGAUCGAGCGCGCGGGGCUCAGGGGCGCGCACCCGCAGCAAUACCUCAACUUCUACUGCCUCGGCAACCGGGAGCCGGAGGAGGAGGCCGCCGGCGACGGCCACUGCCGGUGGCCGCCGGACGAUCGCCGCCCCGACGCCACGAGCCACGCGGCCAUGGCGCGGAGGCACCGGCGGUUCAUGGUGUACGUGCACUCCAAGGGCAUGAUCGUCGACGACGAGUACGUCAUCGUCGGCUCCGCCAACAUCAACCAGCGCUCCCUGGCCGGGUCGCGCGACACGGAGCUCGCCGUCGGCGCCUACCAGCCGCACCACACCGGCACACGCCGCCCGCGCGGCAAGGUGUUCGGGUACAGGAUGUCGCUGUGGGAGGAGCACCUGGGCAGGGAGGCCGUCCGGCGGUGGUCGGAGGUGGUGCGGCGGCCGGAGUCGCGGGAGUGCGUCGCGCUGGUGAACGGCAUCUCGCGGGACAACUGGGAGAGGUACGCGGCCGACGACGGGCGGGCGGGCGCGCUGCGGGGCCACCUCAUGAGAUACCCGGUGCUCGUCGGCGCCGACGGCAAGGUUGGGGCGCUGCCGGGGCACGAAACGUUCCCCGACGUUGGAGGGAGGGUCCUCGGAUCCCCCAACAACCUGCCGGAUUACCUGACAAUGUAGGCUGUAGCCCUUCCAUGGACAGAUUACAGAGUGUUUGACAGAUCAGUGUGAUGGCUAAGAGGAGAAGAGUCACAAUGCAAGUAGUAGUGGUGUAUCCUUUGAUCAUUCUUUCGCAUCCAUUACGAUUCAACUGCAAGCGGUUGAAAUCAUUAGAUUCCAAAUCAGUUCUUGCCCACCCGGCACGAGAUGAUCGAGAUUUGUAAGAAAA